AUGAUCUUGCCUUUUGGCGAAGAAAGUAUCCAUCCAGUCGAGGAUAGUCACCUCAAAAUACGCCCAGUCGAACGGCCAAUCAACAGGAAAGACAAGAUAAUCGCGUAUUCGUCGAUCGCAAUAGGCGUUUUAGGCUUCUCGGUCUUCCUCUACUUCUACCUCACGCCUCUUAUCAAAGCACAUCGGAAAUCCAAAUCAAGGAAGCGAAGAGAACAACUUCUUCAGCCCUUCUCUGAAAGCCGACAAAGACUGGUUGGAGGUGAUGAUGAUGACACUGAGAAUGACAGAUGCUCGACCUUCAGUGCUAGUAUUAGCAUCGAGUCAAAGGAACCUAUUACACCUGGAAGAAUUGUUCCGCGGGACUCUGUCGGACUCACUAGGGCUAGACAGGCGGCGUCGGUUGAUCUUGAUCCGUUCCUUGAGAAGUUCCCUAUUCCUCCUCCAUUUCAAGCGAACUCGGUAUCGUCAACAUCACCAAGACAGCCUUUCUGCGGUAGAAAUACGCCAAGGGAUAUGACUCGUCUCCUUACACCUCCUCGAUCCGCUCAAGUCAACGCUUCUCAAACGGGAUCGCCUUUCUCCGCAAGUAGCUUGUCACAAACAGAAUCUCCAUCAACGACGUUCAUUAUCUCCGACUCUCAGGACUCUAUUCACUCCGUUCAUUCCGUCUAUACUCUCCAAGCACAAGCCGAUCCUUCUAUUCAAUCAUUGAGUGUCUAUUCCUCACCCUCACGCUCUAUAAAUCGAAUUUGCGGGAUGGUCCCUCCUCGGUCAAGUUCAUUAAAUACCCUUCUUUCUUCGAGUGCACUUGCUGCAUCUACAAGUUCGCGAAGCGCUAUAGUUAGCAUUGAAGACUCUUUGCAAAGUGCACAAAAGCCAAAACCAGCAAGUCCGAAUAAUAAGUCAACAACAUAUCCUGUCUACGCUGAAGUUAUCCUUCCUCGUUAUCUGCGAGAAAGCUGUAGGGUACCUUACGUUCAGACUCAGAUCGAAGAGAGGCACAUCAAACACCAAACACACUCGAAGACUCCGUCCAUCGCCAUCUCAGACUCUCCAACGAUCCAAUCUUUACACGUCCAAGACUCUGUCUUGGCACGGGCGUCGAGCUACACCCGCGGUCUGGUCGGUGUAGGAACUUCACCGACAAAAGCGAAGAAGUCGAGAGGACAGGGAGGUACAGACUUGCAGUUUGAGAUGAUCAACCACGGACCGUCUGCUCCAACUGCACCUUUACGACUGUGA